AUGGGGUCUUCUGAGCUACCAGGACGCGAGGCUCUAACAUCACGCGUCGUUCCUUCUAUGAUUCUUAGUGACGGCAGCGCUUCUUCGAUGACCGCAGCUCCUGCUUCUAAUAUAGAGUCUGACGCUGCAGUCGGUGCCCAGAAGCGAUUCCAAGUUCAAGGAAACGCCGUUCUCACCGGAGGUGCCGGGACCUUGGGUCUCCAUACUUGCGAUGCUCUCCUCGAACACGGCCUUCGGGGCCUCAUGAUCUUGGACAUCAACCCCGAUAACAGUCAGAAAGACAUUGCCCAAAUGAGAAGCAAAUUUCCUGACGCCAAGAUUUGCGUCCAAAAGGUCGAUGUUACAGACGAAGAAGCUGUCAGAGAAGCCAUGGAGGAAACGGUGCGUGUUCUGGGAUCGAUCAAUACAUUGGUCUGCUUCGUAGGUAUCGUCGGCUGUGUGGAAACACUCGAGAUGCCCGUGUCCCAGUGGCGCAAAGUUUUGGAUAUCAACACCACUGGAUCCUUCAUUUGCGCUCAAGCAGCGGCCCGCGAAAUGGUGAAGAAAGGAAAUGGAGGCUCAAUUACCUUUGUCGCGUCGAUUUCAGCACACCGUGUCAACUAUCCACAGCCACAAGUGGCUUACAAUGUGAGCAAGGCAGCUCUUCUCAUGCUCAAGAGCUGCCUUGCGGCGGAAUGGGCUCGCUACGGUAUCCGUACCAAUAGUGUGAGCCCUGGAUAUAUGGACACGAUCUUAAAUGAGGGCGAUGGAAUUGCAUUGCACAGGAAGAUAUGGGCUGAGCGGAAUCCUAGUGGAAGAAUGGGCAGCCCCUCUGAGCUGACGGGGGCGAUCGUUCUUCUUACCAGUACUGCGGGGACGUAUAUGAAUGGCUCAGAUAUUGUUGUUGAUGGCGGUGCUAUUGUCUUCUAG